AUGACAACCGAGUCAUUCUUAAAGUCGUUGCCUAUCGUCUCACCUACCUUCCACCAUCAAGUCUGGUUGCCUUCGCUCACACUUUCCUUGGAAUUAACCUAUCCGAUCCACUGCUUGAGUGCAAGUAGCCCGCUUAUCAUUCCACUUGAGGAUGAUUCAAAGAGGUCACUGCGUUCGGGGUCUGGCAAGAGAAGUCAAGGAGUACCGGCCAAAGGAUCUCAAGAAACAUCCUUAGUACCCACACCCCUCUCAUUUAAAUAACUUCACCUGGCUAUGUUGAAUAUUCGUAAAUCACAGGAGCGAACACUGGCUUUUUGCAAAUCUAUUAGUCAAUUGCUUAACACCAAAUUUACCAAGCCAACAGCAAAAGUGGAUUAG